AAAGUCGCCGAGCAGCGUUUCAGGUGUCGUUGUUUUUGUUAAUAUUUGACAAAGUUGCAACUUCCACGCUCUCUGUUACAUAGUGUCAAAUGAAUAAUUAGACUGUAGCAUUGUCAAGCUGCUCAUAAACCCCUCCUCAAGCAUAAACCUAUGCAUGUAGCCUCGGUCUCGUCCUAGGUUUGAAGAAACGUGAUCAAAUAUUGCUGCAAAUUAAUUCAGUAAUGUAUAACUAAUUAUACAAAAUAUUUGAAUUGUAAAAUAAACCGUGAAAUACUGUUUACGUGAGCCGCGGUAUCGAAGUGUGUAGGGUUUUGGCUUCCAGGGGGAGUGUUUUUCAAGUUACACAGACAAAAUGACAGAAUCAGACAGGGCUGUAGUUGCACGAAGUUUAGUUCAGCAAUGCCUGCAUGGCAGACUGCAAGUGAAGCCCCCAACACAGGACUCGGAAGCAGAAUGGGUUGAGAUUCAGAGAGGAAUGGUGAUUUAUAUCUGCUUUUUCAAAGGGGCCACUGAAGAGAUAAUUCCUAAAAUAGUGAGCACACUAUUAAACAUGAAGCUGUGCGAGACAGAGACUGGUAGGUAUGUGUCUGUUCUCGACCUGCCUGGGAAUGUUCUGAUAGUCCCACAGGCUACCCUGGGCGGUAAAGCCAAAGGAAAGAGCAUGCAGUACCACGCCAACAUCGGGAAGGAGGAGGGAAUGCAGCUCUAUGCCAGCUUUGUGGCUCAGUGUGAAACAGAGCUCUCAUCUUCCAGCAAAUGCACUGAAUCAGGAGUAUUGGUCAAACAUGGGACCUAUGGGAAUAGACAAGUAUUGAAAUUGGACACUAAUGGACCUUAUACACAUUUGAUUGAAUUUUAACUGCAUCACUCCUGAUUUCUGUCCUGUUUCCGUUACCUCGUUUUUGUUUUGGGGCCAGUUGUUGCGACACAUCUUUUUAUAUUUCUGUUCCAAAUUAUAUUUGUGAGAUUCAAAAUAAAUAUAUUGCUGCUAAAUCAAAUGUAGCUAUCAACUUUCUCAGUAUCUCAUCAGUUUGUGGAAUUUGUUUAAUGCUGAAAUGUCAUACUCCAGAUGUUGUUUUAUAUAUUUUUUUAAUAUCUAGUUAUGUGAGAGAAAAUUAAACAAUAUA